GAUUCAGUCAUUGGCAUAGUAUCGGGAUAUAUCGUCGUACUAAGGAACGAUCUGUGCUUGCUCGUGAUGAUAAUUGUUGUGUUAACCGCGCUUAUUGUGGCGCUGAGUCUAGUGCAAUAUGUCGGAUUUCGGAGAAAAAUGUCGUUCGCAAAAGUCCUUCCGACAGUGCAACCAUACUAUCCAGUGGUCGGCAAUGGGCUCCUGUUUCUCGGGAAGAAUGGUGGAGAGCGGUUCACUAAUCUUGCCAGUGCAUUGGACCAUCCUGCCAAGUUGUUCAAAUUGUGGCUAGGCGUGUUCCCGCUUAUAUGCACCAGUGACCCGAGCAUGGCACAGAAGAUCUUAACACAUCCAAAUUGUAUGGCGAAACCAUUUUUCUAUGAUUUCUUCAAAGUGGAUUUCGGACUAUUCUCGGCCCACUACAACGUGUGGAAGACCCAGCGGAAACACCUGAACCCAACAUUCAAUAUGAAAAUUUUGAAUGGAUUCCUGCCGAUCUUCGAUACGUGUGCACAAAAUUUGGUGCAAAGACUUUCCAAACUCCCGAAGGGGGAACCGGUACCCAUUACAGAUCAUAUGAUGCGGUGUUCACUUGAAAUGGUUUGUGCGACGACCAUUGGUUCGAAUGCCAAGCAAGACUCGGGAGUAGAUGAGUUUUUGCAGAUAGUUCAAAGAAUUUUCCACCUGGCAUCAGAGCGUGUGCUCAGCGUGCACUUGCACUGGGAAAGGUUUUACCAAUUAACUAAGCAGUACAAAGAAGAUGUGGUACUGAGAGAAAAGAUGUAUAGUUACGCUAACAAGAUUCUGAAGGACGCAGUUGACCGACGGAGUAAGUUGGUGACUCGACCCGAAAGCAAUGGAGCCGAUGACGAUGGUUAUCGACGGCCGCAAAUCUUCAUCGAUCAAUUGUUGGAACUCAAGGAAGACAAAAAGAUUGUAGAUAUCGAAAUAAUUCACAAUGUGUAUACCAUGAUCGUGGCGGGCUCGGACACGUCGGGUACUGAAAUGGGCUAUGCUGCACUGAUGCUUGCGUUAUAUCCUGAGAUCCAGGAAAAAGUUUACGAAGAAAUUGUGGAAGUGUUUCCUCUAGGGACUCCAGUCAACUUAAGCCCGGAGGCUCUGAAACAGUUAGAGUACUCAGAAAUGUUCAUCAAAGAAUGUCUUCGACUAUACCCAGUUGGUCCACACAUAAUGAGAGAAGCAAUUGCCGAUAUUAAACUGGACGGAAUGACGGUUCCAAAGGGAACAUACUUUUUAGUAAGCAUAUACAAUAUGCAUCGGAAAAAAGUAGUUUGGGGUCCGAACGCAGAUAAGUUUGAUCCAGAGAAUUUCUCCCCGGAACGGAGCGAGGGACGACAUCCGUUCGCGUUUCUUCCGUUCAGUGGAGGGAACAGGAAUUGUAUCGGUGGACGAUAUGCAAUGUACAGUAUGAAGAUUAUUCUGAUAAAUUUGUUGAGAAGUUUCAAGUUGUCAACUACGAUGAAAUUGGAAGAUCUGCAUUUCCAAUUCGAGGCUCUGCUGAGGUCAACCAACGAACCCAAAGUUAUACUAGAACCACGAACGUUGGCUUCACUUAGUCCAAGUUGGGAGCAAUAUAAGUCAUCAACAGUGUCCCUGACGCGUCCCUUCUGGGAAAACACACGACUUGUGAAAGUGAGUUUUGGGCCGAUUCCUGUGAUUUGCCCCACCCACCCGGAUUUGAUACAGAAGGUGCUGACCGAGGCUGCGAGUAUGGAAAAACCGUUCGUGUACCUCUUCCUGCGGGUGAAGCAAGGAUUGCUGACGGCGCAAUUGGCGUAUUUGAGAUGGAGAUACGGAUUCGCCGACAAUAUUCCCGAGGUCGAGCCUCUGGUACCGUUCUUCGGCAAUGGGUUGGAUUUUUGCCAGAAAAAUUCCCUGCAGACCUUCCACAAUCUAGUUCGAGCUUGGAACAGUACCGACAAGCGGUUCUUCAAACUGCGCUUCGGCCCAAUACCGGUGAUUUGUCCGGUUCAUCCUGAAGUGGUGGAGAAAGUGAUUUGUGAGCCAGCCUCUCUGGGGAAACCGUUCGUGUACAAAUUCAUGCGCGUCGACGAGGGACUGGCGGCGCAACCAUUUCUUACGAUUAUCCUCUCGCUGGUGCUGUACUUCCGCUGGCGGUAUGGAUUCGCCGACAACAUACCCGACGUGGGAGAUGUGAAACCCAUCAUCGGCAAUGGGCUGGAGUUUUGGCAGAAAAACUCCUUGAGCACCUUCACAAGUAUAAAUCAAGCUUUCCUCGGUACCGAGGAGCGACUAUUUAAGUUCCGAUUUGGACCCAUCCCGGUGUUCGCCCCGAACCAUCCGGAUGUGUUUUCCUUCGAUCCUCCGCGUGGUACAAGUGUAAAGCGUUGGGUGCGCGCGUGUGUUUACUAUAUUACGAUGAUCCCUGCACUGGCAUUGGUUGCAGUCAUUUGGACUUGCCUGUAUGUGUACUGUAGAAUAAGGUUCAAGUUUUCCGAGAAGAUACCGGGAGUGGAACCGCAAGUUACCUUCUUUGGCAAUGGACUGGAGUUCGCGCAGAAGAACUCGGUUCAGAUUUUCGAAAACCUGAAAAAGGCGUUCCGGAAUGACCAUAGGCUUUUCAUGCUGAAAUUUGGUCCGAUUCCUGUUAUCUGUCCGAACCAUCCGGAUCUCAUGCAGAAGGUUGUGGUGGAGACGGCCAGUCUGGAGAAACCGUUCGUGUACGACUUCAUGCAGUGUGGCCAGGGCUUGUUAACAGCUCCAUACGACAUCUGGAAGGUACACCGCAAGGUCCUGAACCCAACUUUCAACACUCGCAUCCUGAACAGCUUCAUACCAAUUUUCAACGACUGUGUGGCGAAAAUGAUCCGAAGCAUGAAGGAACAUGCGGAACCGGGCAAGGCCCUCAACAUCCUGGAGUACACAUCCCCCUGCACAUUGGGAAUGAUUUGUCGUACCUCUCUGGGUGGCAAGGUUCUGGAACGUGAAGGUACGGCCGAGUUCAUUGAAGGGCUGGAAAUCAUUCUCCGAAAUGUGGGUCUGCGUAUGUUCAACGCCAACCUGUAUCCGGAAUGGGUGUAUCGAUUCACCCGUUUCUAUCGCUGGGAGAUGGAUGCCCGGAAAAUUUGCUACGCUUUCACAGAUAAGAUCAUACAAGAAAAACAGGAAGAAUUCGCCAAAUUGAGACAACAAUUGGACUCGAAUAACAAUAUGAAAGAACCUAACAACAACUGCGAGGAAGACGAUGACGGCUUGUCCUAUAAAAAGCCGCAAAUCUUCAUCGAUCAGUUGAUGUCAAUUCCACUACCUGAUGGAAGACUUUUUUCGAAUGCCGAAAUUACGGAUCAUAUUUAUACGAUGAUCGCCGCUGGAAACGAAACGUCCGCUACACAAGCUGCCCACAUUGCUCUGCUGAUAGCAAUGCAUCCAGAGGUACAGGAGCGAGCGGUAGCCGAGAUAAAGGAAGUUAUGCCCACGCCGGACAUCGAACAUAGCCACGAAGUGCUGAAGCAACUGGUCUACCUGGAACGAGUAGUCAAGGAAGCACAGCGACUCUGCCCGGUAGCCGCCGUGUUCGGAAGAAAGACACUGUCCGACUUGCAGCUGGAUGAAUUCGUGAUUCCGAAGGGUAAUUUCUUCAUUCUGAACGUGUACGCACUUCAUCGGCGGAAAGAGUUCUGGGGAGACAACGCCGAAGCGUUCGAUCCGGAUCGUUUCUUGCCCGAGGAGUGCAAAAAGCGACAUCCCUUUGCCUACUUACCGUUUAGCGGAGGAGCGAGAAGUUGUAUCGGUAGUCGAUAUGCUAUGAUGAGUCUGAAAACAAUAAUAUCGGAAAUGCUGCGCAAUUUCAAACUGUCCACUGACAUUAAGUAUCAGGAUAUGAAGUUCAAGUUUAAAGUGUCUAUGCACUUAGCGUUUGAGCACAAAAUCUACUUGGAGCCUCGAAAUCUUUACGAAUAAUUUUGUUUGUUUGCUUUCUGUUUCUAGAUAAUGCACAAAGCUUUCUACGACCUCAAAAGUAAUCGACCAAAUACAUCACUUACUUGUAACGAUUCUUUGGAGGAAGAGCAACUCUUCACGAAGAAACUACAUCCAUUAGCAUUAGCUCAGCACACAUUAAAGCAAAAAAAAAUAAUUUAGAAUGGCUCAUUCGUUAGUUUUCUUGGAUACUUCGACUUCCUGGACAAACACAUACACACACGAUAGUUAAUUUGAACUUUCCAUGUUAA